AUGGCUCUUAAGCGAAUCCAGAAGGAAUUGCAAGACCUUGGACGCGAUCCUCCUGCUCAAUGCAGCGCGGGUCCAGUAGGCGACGAUCUCUUCCACUGGCAAGCAACGAUCAUGGGUCCACCAGAGUCUCCAUAUCAAGGCGGUGUCUUCUUCUUGACUAUUCACUUUCCAACGGAUUAUCCAUUCAAGCCACCAAAGGUUGCAUUCACGACACGGAUCUAUCAUCCCAACAUCAACUCAAAUGGAAGCAUCUGUCUGGAUAUCUUGAGGUCGCAGUGGUCUCCUGCGUUGACUAUUUCAAAAGUCUUGCUAUCAAUCUGCUCACUACUUUGUGAUCCAAAUCCAGACGAUCCAUUGGUGCCCGAAAUCGCUCGCAUCUACAAGACGGACCGUGAUCGAUACAACCAGCUCGCCCGCGAAUGGAGUCAGAAGUACGCCAUG